AUGGCGGGACGGGCCGCGAUGCGAACCCCUGAACCGCCCGACCGCGACGAACGCGAAGCUUCGCCACCGCGACUGGCAAGACCGAAACGCAUCACCAGACCACCCAGAAUCUAUGCUCAAGAACAAGAAGUCGACAAUGAACAGAGGCAGACGCGACCUCAGCAAAAGAAGAGAACUGGACCCGAAUCUCAGCCUGAUAGGGCAACUUCGGAUGACUCCGCGGCCGAGAGCGACAACCUCGAUGUGAACGAUUUGGUGAAAGAGAUCGCCAAACUCAGGACAGAAAUCAGACUACGAGACGAGUUGCACAAGGAAGAACUACAAAAAGCCAAAGCAGAGUUCGGUGCUGCCCUCGCCGGGGUCCGGCACGAGCUACAGAACCUGACAGACAGGACCCCGACAUCGCAGUGCAACUCCGAAGCGUGCGCCCAGACUGGCCACGAUGAAAUCCUCCGAGAAAUCCAAUCCCUACGUGAAGAAAUCAGCGCACCCGCUCUCACAGGUUCCCCGUCCUAUGCCGAUGUCGCCCGCACUCCCCCGCUCAGCCACCCGAGUAAUAUACGGAGCCUCUCGACAUCGAACACAACACCAACCACGUUCACCGACACACUCUAUUGCACAAUCGACACCUCCAGGAUGGCAGAGAACGAAAACGAGAGGAUGUCUGCAGGCUCUAUCCGGGCGGCAGUCGAGACAGAGAUCCGAGCGACAGCAGACCACACGCAUUGGCGUUGUCGCGCCGUCACUGUGGACCCGAAGAACACGAACCGGAUCAGAAUAGCGUGCCGCGACGAAGCCGAGCACCAGCUGAUCAAGAAAGUGGCGGAAUCCCAAAUCGGUGCAGGGGCACGGGUGCUUCGGGAUGAGCUUUACCCUAUCAAAGUUGACAGCGUUAACAAAGCCGCAGUUCUGGAUGAAAAAGAUGAGAUCCGUGCCGGAGCAGCAGCCGCCUUCAGCGAGGAGAACGAAGCCACCUGA